AUAUUAUCUGAUAAUCCAGUCUUAAAAAUCUCUUUGUUGUACUUUCGCAAAACUAAGGGAAACAUUUUUAAAAUUUCAGAUAUCGCCGGUGGUUAUUUGUGCUUUAUCGUCAGCAUUCUAGGGAUCGGCGUUGUUACGGCGAUAAUCGGCGACAUUGCCUCGUAUUUCGGUUGCACUUUGGGUAUCAAGGACUCUGUCACCGCGAUUGUUUUUGUCGCCCUCGGUACCAGCAUUCCUGACACGUUCGCGAGCAAAGUGGCCGCUUGCCAGGACAAGUAUGCUGACGCGAGUGUGGGCAAUGUGACUGGAAGUAACGCGGUAAACGUCUUCCUGGGAAUCGGCGUCGCGUGGAGUAUCGCCGCCAUUUACCGUGCUUGCCACAACGAAGAGUUCCUCGUCAAACCUGGCAACCUGGCCUUCUCCGUCACCCUGUUCUGCAGCGAGGCUUGCUUCGUGAUCCUGGUGCUGCUGGUGAGACGAGUGAAGUCGAUCGGCGGUGAAUUAGGCGGGCCUUUUAUACCGAAGGUCAUCACGUCCGUGUUCCUGUUCUCCCUCUGGCUGCUCUACCUCAUCAUGUCCACCCUUGAGGCCUACGGCGUGAUCCAGGGUUUCUAAACCAAGGCCAAUAUGACGCCACAUUACGUCGGCCUAUCCACUGCUUAUAUCUUAGCUCUGGCGUCCGCCAAGGCACGUGCUCAACGAAACUAUUAACCGGACACAGAUGCGGUAUCGGGACGAUACGAUUUCGCGAAGAACGAACUCUAAUUGUGCCGGGAACUCAUAUAAGUUCAUCCUCUGAGACGAUUAACAACGAACAUGUUCGCGUGACGUACUAAAUGAAUAUGUGUAUGUAUGUGUAUGCAUGUAUAGGUAUCUGAGAAUAUGGGUGUGCUUGCGAGUGUGUCCAGGAAAAGAGAAGAAAGCGAAUCGAUGGAAGGAAGGACAAACGAAGAAGGGGGGAAAAACUGAGAAGAGAAGUGCGUGCGAGAGAAAAAGUGUGAGCUUGCCUUAAAAUAAUUCAAAGGGAGAAAGAAGUAAGCGCGUUCUAGUCAUGCCAUUUCCCCGUAAAAAAGAUUUGGCUGUUAUCAAAAAAAAAAAAGAAAGAAAAGAAGAAAAAAGAAAAGAAAAAGGAGAGAAAAGAUAAAAGCUAUAGAUAGUAUACGUAUGUACUGAUCAGAUCGCGGGUACACACACAUAUGUGUACAUACUGUAUUUAUUUAAUUCUAAGAAAUACACAGGUUUCUAUUUAAUUGGUAAUUGGUGGUAAUUGGUAAUUGAUAAUUGGUGGUAAUUUAGUAGCGGAUUGUAAUGCAAUUCUUUUUUCGUUUCGCCGGAAAACAACGUCGGUAAUUUUAUAUACGCGUAUGUAUUACCGAACGAUACUUAUUACUUUUAUCGAGAGAAUCUUUGAUGUCGGAUCGACUGUCGCGAGAGGAUCUUAGCAGGAAGGAGAAAAAAGUGCGCAAGCACCUGAGCAGAAAUGAGCGAAAAACCGUUGACACUUGUUGUGCAGUAUACCAGCCGUCAUGUGUUUCAUUCAUUGCCGUUUUAUAAAUUUUAAAAAAUUUAUUUCCGAUAUUUUACACCAGGAAUUAUGAAAUUACUAGGGUUCGCUAGAAAAAACGUUUUCCUUUAUUGUAUAAUCUCUCUUUAGUGUAAUAUAUUUAUUUUAUAUAUAUUAGAUUUAUACUAUACGAUUUCAACGAAACCAGAAUAAAACCGUGCAACGUGCAUCCAAAAGUUCGAAAAGAAAACUGCGAUCGAUCGGACAUUGCAUGACUGCGUCGAGUUGGUAAUAGAAUUGGAAAACAUAGUGCAUUUUUAUCAUUGCAAUAAUUACAUAGCUAAAACGUGCAUGAUGACCACACGCUUAUGAACUAGUCAAGUUUACUACUUUGACGCAACUGAUAACUUUGGUUGCUACUGAUGAGGGUUGCCGGACAAAUCUUUUUAUCUCCGCGUCUUUUUCAGAUCUAGAUAGUCGUUACCGCGUUAUGAAAUAGAUAAAUUGACGAAUAAUACAAAUUAAUAGGGAUUUAUUCUAAAGUGGCGUUGAUGAUUGCAUUUUUAAUAAAAUUUUUUAUCGGAAAGUUUCUUUUUUGAUACAAAUGCAAUAUAUAGCAAAAGUUGACAAAUAAUUUAAAUUUUAAAUUGGAGAUAAGACAUGGCACAUUGCUAAUGAAAUCUAGAAUCUUAGGCAAUCCUAUUGACGAUCGAUAAACGUCUCUCAGCGCGUUUAUUGUGAAAUACAUUUAUAUUUUCACGUUAGAUUGAAUUUUUAUACAUUUUUAGCGCCAACUUUUUCUCAUUAUGAAUCAGCAUUGGCAAAAUUUGUUCAACGCGUGUUAUUCAAAAAUUGACGUAGAUAGAUAAUUUAUAGAAUGUUUAUAAAUGAGUACUAAUUACGUCGAUUCACAGAUCGUUUAUCAUCACAGCUAUUGGUCAAACACUUCAUCAAUUUUCUCCAUCGCGGAUCAUUGGCUCUUGAAAAUUGCAGUAACAAUUAAGGUGUGCUUAAUUAGGUAGCAUACUGUUCAUUUAAUCUCAAAGUAGAACAGUGUAUUAGAUCCCAUGAAAUUGCAUAGUAAGUGACAUUAUUAAUUUUCUAAGCAUAUAAACGUAGGAAAUAAAAUUUUUGCGACAGAUUCUGUUCUUCGGUUUUGGAAACUUGAAUAAUACGUAAAUUACGUACACAUCAAAAGGAACGUGAUAAAAAGACGUUUUAAUAAAAGACCGAAGCAUGUGUAAUAUUAUAAAAUUUUUUUUAUUUGUGUGAUUAAUUUCGCAUGAACGCUAUUCGAGAGAUUUUUCGAGAUCGUCGUCAAUCAGUGCAGCACAAAUCGUUAGCAGACUGGUUAACCGUCUUACCAACAAGAUCGCGUUAUUGAAUACCAGCAGAAACAUAUUUACCGUUAAGGGUAGUUAUAUGAUAGAUAGUGCGAGACAAACGCAAAAUUAUAUUAGACUCACCUUCGCGAGUUGUAUCGCGACCUUCGAACGUAAAUUACAUUUGCCUGAAAAGUUACAAUGCGAAAAGUCAAAAGUCUUUUUUAUGCACAUUCUAAUUUCAGAACACUUGAAUUUUCGUCUAGGUGAUUAAUUUCGACAUUUUUCUAUAGAUAAAAAUACCAAUAUUUCGUUAUAACGAACGUUUAGAUGGAGAAGUGCGACUUUUCGCGGCUUGUUAUUUUUGAAGAAGAAAUGUAAAAUGUCCUCAGCGAGUUUAAGAGUUUGACUAUUGGUCCACACUGCCUUCGAUCGAAGGUCGCACCUGACGCGAGGCAACGGUUAUACAACAGUUAUACGAAAACAGGCAGACUGUAUCCCGAUACACACACACACACACACACACACACACACACAUUCGUUUAAACGGAAUGAUUCCCAAUACGAUAUCGCUACAAAAUUGCAUUCUGAAUUCGGAGUACGGAGUCAGCAUAUUGCGACCAGCAUUGAAUUUUACAAUUUACCGUUGUUA